AUGGUCGUCCCUCGGAAGCAUCGCACCAUCACGCAUGUCCAGUGCACGGAAUCGUUUUACAAGGCAUCGGUGAUGGAUGAGCUUAAAUCUAGUCCGGCUGUAACACCUCAGGACCGGAAAAAGAUGCUCGGGAUUCUGGAUCGGUUUGAGCGGCAGGCUGUGGAUGAGGAGCAGCUCUUGACUACCAUGUCGGAUGAAGACCUCUUGCAGCAUGCCCAGCACCAACAACAGCAGCAUAAGCAAAAGGGAGGUAGCUCUGGAAAGUCGAGCGAGGCAGGAGCAGGAGCAGGAGCGGGGACUGCUGGGUCAAAGCCAUUGCAACGGAAACUGACGCCCAAGGAGCGCGAGGAAUUGAUCCGUAAGGCGAUGGAGGAAGAAGCCAAGGAGGACGCUCUCCCGGAUGAGGGUGAUGACAAUAUUGGCCCAGAGGAACGGGCAGAGAUGGAACGGAUGGUUGAGCAGGAAUAUCAGGAUUUCGUUAAAAGGUUUGCGGAUGUGGAUCUGGAUCAGGAGUCGUUUGAGAGUAUCUGGGAGAAGUUGAAUCCGGACGAGAGACGCGAGUUUCAGGAGAAGUUUGUGAUUUCGGGACGGUUGGGUGAAGACGACGAUGAUGUGAGUGGUGAUCUCGAAGAUGGUCCUGAUGGGGUGAAGGGUAUCUCAGAUGACGAUAAUGAGGAUGAGGAAAUGGAAGCCAAGAAGCUGUUGCAGGAGAUGAGUGAGACUCUUGAGAGGGGAGGUCAGAAGGUGGCCAGCGAGGGUGGUCAGGCCAUGACUGCGGAUCUGGAUAUAGACGACUUGAAGGCGAUUCGGGAUGCCGAGAUUGCGGAACUUAUUCAGAUCUGGCGGCCUUGGUGGGAAGUUGAGGCUGAGGAGAGUGGGCAGUUGAAGAAGGUGGUUGUUUCCAAAGUCACGGAUAGUGAGGCGCAGGAGAAGCGGGAUUCAGAACGUUUGAAGGCAGCUAGCAAUAUUAUUCUUCAGGAAGGUGACACGACCUCGACAGCAACAACCACAGGAGCAAGCAAUAUACCCGGUCAGUCACGCUCUGGUUCCGGCACUGUUCUGGAGCAGUUUGUGUUGGAUGAAGAGGCGAUGCUGCGACCGCAUCAGGCUCUGGUCCGUCCUUUGGAGGAUAUCGAUCAAGAAGCACAGCAGAGGGCACAAUCGACUGUCCCACCCAUGACCAAGGCACCCCACCCAUCCUUGAUCUACCACAUCUGCGGGUUGCUGUUUGCUUUUGCUGCUACUAUUCGAGUUUUUAACGGAGAUCUCCAGGAGGAACCUGAACAAGUGCUCGCCCAUAUCUUUGACCUCUGUCCCUUCUUUGCCCCACCUCCACCGGCUUCCAAAUCAUCGACACCAAGAUCAGGAACUGCAGCGACGACUUCGUCAGCAUCGGGAGUCAUGCAAGUCGAGGAUUUUGAGACAACACUGGCGAUCCUCCAAACAUCGAGUCUGAAUUCCACACUCUGGAAGGGUGACACUGUCCGUCUCGAGAUGUUGUCGCUUCUCCUGAGAGACUUGACUCUGAUCCUGGCACGACCCUCUCGCUGUCUGCGGUGUAUCCGAGAUCUCGAAGCUGUCUUCCAAUCAUGCCUCGCUACCGCUACCGCCACGACCACGAAACGGCGAGGAGGAAUAUGUUCAAAGACAACGCUGCACAGGUUGUUGAAGAAACUAGAGUUCUAUGAAUCGUAUCUGUUGUCGGAGUUGAUCAUGAAAUCUGAUAGACUAGAUCGCGUCAGGACGGAGGUUGUGAUGGCGGGGAUUCGUGUCCGGCAGGAGAUUGUUGGUUGGACGCGGGAGCUUGAGCAAGUCUCGCGGGUUGUUGGCGGUGAUAGAGAUGAUGGAGCAGUAGCAGGAGCAUAUGCGGCUGGGGAUGGUGUGGGUAAUGCGUCUGGUGGUAGUGGUGGUGGUGUGAAAGAGAAGAAGGUCUUGAUUGAAGAGCUCUCUUAG